UGACAAGCAAAUCUCAGGGCAUUUAUAGAUGCUCUCUAUCAUGAGAGCCAACUGUGUCCGGUGACAAAACAAACAGCCUGCAGCUUACAGCGAAGAGGGUGGCUGCAUUCUUACCCGGGCGAAGAGUCAACAGGGUUUUCCCUAAACUACAGACUUCCUUCUCAUCUGACACCACCUCCACCAUGACUGCUACUGUAAGAAAUUCUGCCAGUGUACCUGUCAGAGGUGCUGGCGAUGGCAUGGAAACAGAAAAACCAGCAGCCACCCUGGAGAUUAACACAGACUCCCCGCCACCGGGUCCAUCUGAAGUUCCCCUCCUGAAGAUAGCUAGCCCAAAGCACAGCCCCAAAUCUAUCCAUUCAGCACCUCCCUGCCCCCAGCCUCUUGGGGUGCUCCACCUGGGCAAGGUUAGUCGAGAGGCCUGUACAGAGGUGGAGGCUGUGAGGAUCGUCGUCCCACGCGCCGCGAUUAGCCGGAGCAGCCGCACAGGACCCACUGAGGCCAAAGGAGAGGCCGGACAACAUACUGAGGAGCAGGGCUCUCCUCCUCUGCCUCUGGUGGAGGACUGGAGAGGACAGCUGGAGAAGCUUCAGAACUCUGAACGCAGGCUGCUGCAGGACAAGGAAGGCCUCUGCAAUCAGCUCCGUGUGCAGACAGAGGUGAACCGUGAGCUAAAGAAACUGUUAGUGGCGUCAGUGGGCGAUGACCUUCAGUAUCACUUUGAGCGCCUGGCACGAGAGAAAAACCAGCUGAUUUUGGAGAACGAGGCUCUGGGCCGAAGUCUGGCACACACCGCAGAACAGCUGGAGCGAAUGAGCAUCCAGUGCGAUGUUUGGAGGAGCAAGUUCCUGGCCAGCAGAGUCAUGGCAGAGGAACUGACAAAUGCCAGAGCAGCUCUGCAGCGACAGACCAGAGAGGCACAAGGAGCGAUUCAAGACCUGCUGUUAGAAAGAGAAGAGUUCUCCAGGGACAUGAUGCUCACCCACAGGUCUCUGGAGCAGCUCCUGGUGUCUCUGCAGUGGGGCAGACAGCAGACGUAUUACCCCAGCGCACAGCCUCUCAGCACAGGAGAGCUGGCAGCAGCCAAUCACAAGCUAGCAGACGCCAUCAACUCCCACCUGCUGGGCAACAGCAGCGGCAGCAGCAGUGUGGUGAAGAGCGGCAGCGCGACAGCUGAGCAGCUUUGCAGCACACCGGCCGAGAAGAUGGCUGAGAAGGUGUUGAAGAUUUUAGAUCCAAUAUCCUGCUCUGACAACAAGGCAGAAUCUCCACUCAGCGACGCCGCAGCUUCAAACUUCCUCAACAGCAAGAAGAGCAUCGGAAGGUUCCACCCUUACACCCGCUAUGAGAACAUUACCUUUAACUGCUGCGAGCGCUGUACUGGAGACAUCCUGGUGCUGUAGUAGUUAAAGAGAGGCAAAAACAUCCUCGUUCGACACAAAUGCAGCAUUGAGGCUUAUUUUAAAUGACUCGGUGUUACUCUGGGUGAUGCUGAUGCUCUGUGUUCAGUGACUUUUUUUAGUGAACGGCAAAAGUUGGCUGCUCACGUUUGUCAACCUGCUGUUUGUUUGACUGUAUUAUGACUUGAAAACAGUUACACGAUAAAAUGGAGUUGAUCUUCAAGAAUCAUAAUGAGAUAAAGAUGAAAACAGAAAACAUUUCAGAGCCAUUUCAGCCUGGUUUGAACCAUGAAAAGUUUAGCACCGGGAUGUGAUAUCAGGGUGAGUCAGUGUUACAGGGUGAAUAGACACUUUUAGGGCGUCUGCUUGCUCAAACUUGAACGUUAGCUAGUGUGUAUCUAGUUCUAUUUGCACACGCUGAUAUUCAGAAUUUACUGAGCAAACAGGCUGUAAUGAUGUAAAGUAUGAGAAGCUAAACAGCCUCCAGUGAGUUUAACAAAAGAUAAUGCACUACUUGCACUGUGACUGUACUCAAAAUUAAGUCAGGAGUUGCCCCAGUUCCUCUGUAUCAUGGUGCUAUCAUUUUAUGAAUAUGUUUGAAUAUAUUUUGUAUAGUACAUGCUGUAAAUGCACCAUAAUAUACAUUCAGUAUUUUAAAGGUGAAUUGAUGGUACAACAGAUUAUUGCUGUACGGUGGUAUUGAUUUGUUUUUACUGAGUAUUCAUUUGGGUGAUAUUUUUUGUUCAUUUCAUUAUUUAAAAAAACAUUAAGGACUAUGUUAUACUUUUUUGCCUCUGAAUCCACUAUUAUGAGUAAUAGUGUAGUAAUAUAUUGCCUUUAUGUGAUUUUCUUUUGGUUUAUUUCAGGAACUAUCUGAAAAGAUUUGCUCUGUGCAGAAAUUUCAAUGGUGUCAUUAACAGUAAAAGUACACCACAAAAGUAUUUAUACAGAAUGUGUUUGAUGUCAGAAUAAAAUAAAGACCAAAGUAGUUUCUA